AUGUCUGUCCCAAGCACCCUCAUGAAGCAGCCCCCCAUUAAUUCCACAGCUGGGGCCAUCCAGGUUCACAAUGAGAAAGGGGAGAUUUCAAUGGAGAAAGUGAAGGUGAAACGUUAUGUAUCUGGAAAGAGGCCAGACUAUGCACCUAUGGCCUCCUCUGAUGAGGAGGAUGAAGAAUUUCAGUUCAUCAAGAAAGCCAAUGAUCAAGAAGUAGAGCCUGAGGAACAGGGAGAGGAUUCACCUAGUGAUCCCAGGCUUCGACGUUUGCAGAACCGCAUUAAUGAAGAUGUUGAAGAAAGGUUGGCUCGGCAUCGCAAAAUAGUAGAACCUGAAGUAGUGGGAGAAAGCCAUUCUGAAGUAGCAGAUGUGAGGCAAUUGGAGAGAGAGGAUGGUAGAGAGGAAAAAAUUGACGAGGAGGAUAUUGAGUGGCGACAUCGUAUGAUGCGUCAGCGAGCACAGGAGAGGAAAAAUGAGGAGACGGAGCUCAUGGAAGUGGAAGAUGAAGGGCAUUCUGGUGAGGAAUCUGAAUCAGAGUCUGAGUAUGAAGAAUAUACAGACAGCCAGGAUGAAAUGGAACCCCGACUCAAGCCUGUUUUCAUCCGAAAGAAAGACCGUGUCACAGUUCAAGAGCGUGAGGCAGAAGCACGGAAACAGAAGGAAUUGGAGCAAGAGGCAAAACGUCUGGCUGAGGAGAGGCGCAAGUAUACACUCAAGAUUGUGGAAGAGGAGACAAAGAAGGAACUGGAGAAAAACAAGUGCUCCUUGGCUGCCCUAGAUGCACUCAACACAGAUGAUGAGAAUCAGGAGGAGGAAUAUGAGGCCUGGAAAGUUCGGGAGCUGAAAAGAAUCAAACGGGACAGAGAGGAUCGAGAAGCGAUGGAGAAGGAGAGAACAGAGAUUGAACACAUGCGAAACCUGACAGAAGAGGAAAGACAAGCUGAACUCCGAGCAAAUGGCAAAAUUAUUACCAACAAAGCUGUGAAGGGCAAAUACAAAUUCUUGCAGAAGUACUAUCACCGGGGAGCUUUUUUCAUGGAUGAAGAUGAAGAAGUUUACAAGAGAGACUUCAGUGCUCCCACCCUGGAAGAUCACUUCAAUAAAACUAUUCUUCCCAAAGUUUUGCAGGUCAAGAACUUUGGGCGAUCAGGAAGGACCAAAUACACCCACCUUGUGGAUCAAGACACCACUUCCUUUGAUUCAGCUUGGAGUCAGGACAGUGCCCAGAAUACCAAGUUCUUCAAGCAAAAAGCUGCUGGGGUACAAGAUGUAUUUGAGAGGCCAUCUGUUAAGAAAAGGAAAACUACCUAGGAUUCAAC